AUGCUGACAACAAAAGCGUGUGGAUUGGGUUUGCUUCUUAUCUCACAUUGCGUUUAUGGUAGGUUGAACAUGUUGAAUGAUGGUACCUCUGGCAGCAACAAGUUACGGAUCUCAAAGCAAGAAUGCUGUAUGGUUGGCUCAAUGGUAUGCGUGGUAUUCGAUCUACAAAGCGAAACCUGUGAAUUAACGAGCCUUACAAUGAAACAGCAGCAGCACAUACUGGAUCGGAUGGAUACAUGGUUAUUUGCAAGCAUCAAUGGAAUGGUAUUGGGAAUACCUCAAGUGGCAGAGCCGCUUUCGGCGAUACUAUUAUUAUCACGGCUGCAUGUCAAGGACGUCAUUGUACUACACUUUCCUGUGGAGCUCUACAUGUUGUGCCCGGGGGCAGUGCGACUCACGGUGCGGCCUCAGAGAUUUAAAAAUGCAUCCUCUGUUCGCACGGCUCCAUCGUUUUACGGCUAUUGA